GCAUGCGCUAGAGGUAGUUCCUAAUGCCAUCAUCCUCCUCAUCCUCUCUCCUGCUGGACUGUUACAGACUGAGGUCAGUGGUACCCGAAGCUACUAUCGGACCGCCGAGAGCAAGGACUCUCACGGGGAGACGGUGAGCUCCAGCCGGACACCGAGCCGAGGAAACCCCGCGGUGCUGUUUUGAAGCCUGAUCCGAGCUCUUCCCCCCCCACCAAGUCGAGUCCGUACGCCGUUGCAGUCUCUCUGAGCCAUCAUGCCUCCAGCAGUGGGUGGACCUGUGGGAUACACCCCACCUGAAGGGGGCUGGGGCUGGGCCGUGGUGACGGGCGCCUUCAUCUGCAUCGGCUUCUCCUACGCCUUCCCAAAGUCCAUCACAGUCUUCUUCAAGGAGAUCGAGGUCAUCUUUGACGCCACGCCCAGCCAGGUCUCCUGGAUUUCCUCCAUCAUGCUGGCCGUCAUGUAUGGCGGAGGUCCAAUCAGCAGCAUCCUGGUGAACAAAUUUGGCAGUCGACCAGUCAUCAUCCUGGGUGGCUGUCUGGCCGGUUCGGGGUUGGUUGGUGCGUCAUUCUGCAACACCGUGGAGCAACUUUACUUCUUCAUUGGCGUAGUAGGAGGGUUGGGACUAGCAUUCAACCUGAACCCCGCUCUCACCAUGAUCGGGAAGUACUUCUACAUCCGCCGGCCCAUCGCCAACGGCAUCGCCAUGGCAGGCAGCCCGGUGUUCCUGUCCACCUUGGCGCCCCUCAACACGUGGCUGUACGACGAGUUCGGCUGGAGAGGCAGCUUCCUGAUCCUCGGCGGGCUGCUGUUGAACUGCUGCGUGGCCGGAUCGCUGAUGAGGCCCAUCGGACCCAAACCGCAGCCGGCCAAACCGGACGGUGAUGCCGGAGUGCCUGCUCAACCCAAGAAGACGGUCCUGCAGACCAUCAACACCUUCAUCGACCUGACACUCUUCAAGCAUCGCGGCUUCCUGCUCUACCUGAUGGGCAACGUUGUCAUGUUCUUCGGUCUCUUCUCGCCACUCGUCUUCCUCUCCAAUUAUGCCAAAAGUAAGGAAAUCAGCAAGGAGAAGGCCGCCUUGCUGCUGUCCAUCAUGGCGUUAGUCGACAUGUUUGCCAGGCCCUCCAUGGGGAUGCUGGCCAACACAAAGUGGGUCCGGCCCAAGGUGCAGUAUUACUUCGCUGCGUCUGUUCUCUAUAACGGCGUGUGUCACGUGUUUGCACCGCUGACGAAAGACUUCACUGGAUUUGUGGUGUACGCCAUCUUCUUCGGCUUCGCCUUCGGCUGGCUGAGCGCGGUGCUGUUCGAGACGCUGAUGGAUCUGGUGGGAGCCCAGAGGUUUUCUUCAGCUGUGGGUCUCGUCACCAUCGUGGAGUGCGCACCUGUGCUGCUGGGACCGCCUCUAACAAGUACUUUCUACAACUACUACCACCAUUACGACUACACCUACCUGACCUGCGGCAUCAUCCUCAUCAUCUCCAGCAUCUUCCUGUUUGUCGGGAUGGGCAUCAACUACCGCCUGCUGGACAAGGAGAAGAAAGAGGAGGAGGAGAGGAAGGAACGGGAGGAGCCCAAGGAGGAGCGCACCGCCAUGUUGGAAUCGCCCACGCAACCCAAACCGUACGACUCGGGCGCCGUCACGAUGGCAGACGUCGCCAAGAUGGACGAGGACACGGUGUAAAGCCGGCGGGGCAGAUGGACUCGGACACGUACACACACAGGAGAGCAGCAGUCACAGCCACGCACCACAACGGUUGCCAUAGCAACGGUUUUUUGCUUGGGUCGUCGUAUUUUCUGUGCCUUUUGGAAAAGCUUUUUGAGCACAGGUAUUUUUAUUUUUUUGAAAACACCAGUAGACGGUUAAGAAACAAGGAUCUACUCUCAGGGUCUGGAGCUGCUGCAAACAUCCAGAACUUCACAUUUCUCCUUCUAAACCACCCAAACGGAGAACAGACUGACUUGACCCAAUUAUUUUUACUACUAACGGUACGCCCCACCGCCUUCUGCGCUUCACUGUACAUGAACAAAAAGCUCGCUUUGUGUGAUCGUAGGGAAGUUUAUUUGAUAGCUGCGGAAAGUUUAAAAAGUAGGAGGGGUGAUGUAGAUUACUAACACACGGGGAAAUGUGUAUUUUAGGUAUGCAGGGUGUUUUUAACCUUUUUAAUUCUGACUUUACAGACAAAAGGACAGGACUGCAACCAUCUGACUGUCCUUGUUUAUCUUUUUUUAUGAAAUCUUCCACACAGAGUGGCUCAUCAUGCAACGUAAGGAUGAGGAUGAACAAUUUCACUGUGACCCACCUGCAGUAUUAACACACCAAUCUGGAGCUGAUUGUGGCACACUGGCACUCAAGUCCAGCUUUGUUAUUAUCUCACGCAUCAUGGCACCUUUUUAGUGAUUAAAACACAAAAUUCCCUAUAAAAUUAGAUAUUUAGCCUUUAUUUUUAACAAUAAUUAUGUCUGGAAGUUAGUUUUUAAUGUAUUUAGUUUGUCUUAUUUUUAUUUUUUAUUGCAACCAGUUUUUAUCAUCUGGAAACUGAACAAAGUGUCAUAUCACGUAAAUAUAGAGUCGAAACGCUGAGGUUGUCUGUUCUGGAUGGUUUGAACCCAGAAUGGAGGGAUUUUUAAAUUAGACACGACCAAAUGUGGGAUGUCGAGCUGUUCAGCCGUUUCUGGUACUAAUGGGAAGUCCAUCUCUCCAGCUUCAUGGACGGUUUCUUCUUCAUCUGCUGUUUAACUGUGUACACAUUCCUCUGCUCUCAACCCACGUUGUUCCUUCAAUCACAGCAGACAGAGAAAUUAUUUUUAUAGAAAACGAGACACGGUGAAACUACAGAAAUAAUGUAACUUUUUCUUUUUUUUGCUGAACGGUACAGCACAGCAUACUUGUUACUUUUGGAAAGUUUAUUCUCUUAGUUGCAGUGGGAGUUUCAUUGUUUUGUGUGUUUCUGAGUGAUCACGAAUAAAUGGCUUUUAUGAUUUAAA